AGACUUUUCGCAUAAGUUUGUUAACCUCUCAACGGAAAGGUUCUACCCGUGUUGUUAAAACUUAUAAGCUCUUACAAAAUGGAAAAGUCUAACACAGAGUUUAAUGCCGACGAGCUUCAGCCUCCAACUUGGAUAAAUAAAUAAAGUGUUUAUCGAAGGAAUUCUGAGCACCUACGAGAAUGCACCAGAUCUUAAAGUAACCGAUCUGCAGAUCACUCCUGCAACUGCGCAGGGAGAUCACUAUGCCAGCAUUAUGUUCCGGACCAAAGCGGAUUACUCAACUAAGAAGGGAACGUUUUCCAAGUCUCUGAUCGUCAAAAUUAUGCCAGAGGAGGAUGGUCACAAAAAGGACAUGCUGAGUGGAUCGCGUGUGUUCGAUACGGAAAUCGGAAUGUACUGCAAAGUUUUGCCCGAAUUCGAGAGGAUUCUACGGAAAGCAGGGGAUAAUACCAAGCUCUUCGUUCCCUGCCUUUACCACAGUCUGACGCCGCGGCAAGUGAUAAUAUUGGAGGAUCUAGUACCACAGGGAUACACUGUCAUCCGUGGUGCUCCUCCCACAGUGGAGGAUCUAAAAUUAGCCUUCUACAAGUUGGCCAAAUGGCAUGCAGUCAGUAUGAAAGUGAUCAAUGAGCAACCCGAUUUUCUUAAAGAGUUCAAGUAUGGCCCCUUCGAAAUGCCCCCUGAACAAACUGAUCCCUUUAUAACUAAUAGUAUGGACAGUUUUAUUGAAAUGCUUGACCAAGUCCCUGAGCUCCGGAAAUAUAAGCAGCAUUUUGAAAAAAUAAAAGAUAGUUACAUGCAGCGACUGAAAGAUGAGAUGCGCGUAUAUCACAAAUAUCGGCAGAAUGAUAGACAAUAUGUCCUGGGCCACGGCGAUUUCCAUCUGCGGAAUAUGUUAUUUAGGAGUAAUAAAACAAAGCCAGGAACCUACGAUGACACCAUGCUGGUGGACUUUCAGUUCAGCAAUCUUUGCCCCAUUACUGUGGACCUUACUUAUUCGAUCUACAUGUUGAUGGAGUCGGAACAGCGUUGCGAAAUGGGAAAGGGACUGAUCAACUACUACUUCUCGGUUUUGCUCUCCACUCUUAAAAACAUUCGAUACAAGGGGGAAUUGCCCACUGAAAUAGGAUUAUGGGAGCAAAUGCGCCACAAUAAAUACUUCAAUUUCUUUUUGAUAAGCUCAUUGUUACCAAUGAUGCUGAGCGUUAGAUCAAACACUGUAUUAUUGCAUGAAGCUGUCCAGGAUCAUGAAGUAAGGAACAACACCUAUUUGCAGGAGCCCUAUGUAAAAGAUGUUACUAAGCUUUUGGCCAAUUUCGAGAAACUGGGAUACUUCGAAGAUCUGUGAUGCCCCAAAAUAGGAAAUUUAAAAAUAGUAAUAGUAAACUAUAAAAUUGAUACUGCACUGAUAAAUAAAUGAAAUGUUCGUGCAAUGUA